AUGGAGAACACAUGGAAGCGGAGGAGGAGAUUGCGACAUUGGACAUGGGCGAGGAAUUUCUUUGUUACGGCUUUACUUCGGAAGAAUGUGCGACUGCUUAUUGUGUUUUCACUCAGCAUAUUCUGCAUUGGACUGUUCACAUUGUUGCAAAGCUCACCAGAACGUGACGAGAUACAAAUUUACAACGAUGACAUACGGAUCACAUAUGUACCGGAGAAACAGAGGAACUUAUCAAUCGGCAUAAUUGAAGUGGUUAGGGCAAGUACUUCCCCGGAAGAGUAUCAUACCGCAAUGACCUUCAAAAAGCAGCAAUAUGGAACGAUGUAA